AUGACAACCCAAGCAAGGAUGUAUCGUCAUGGAGAAGUAGCAGCACAUAUAGAGAAGAAGAUGGAUGACCAGAAACAACUUGUUUUACGUGGCCUAGGUGUUGAUAUCUGGAGAUUCAAUAUCAACGAUAGCCAACGAAGAGCGUUGGAGGACAAAGCACCAGGUACAAAUGAUAUGGUAAACAUAGCAAAGAUGCUUCAUGACAAUAGCUUGAAUUUUAAGUCCUCUACACUUGAAAAGGCUACCGGAUCUUUUGUUGAUACUAACAAGCUCGGUCAAGGAGGAUUUGGAACAGUUUACAAGAGAUGUAGUAACCAUCCUAAUUUCAGAAAGCUUUCCAUAGAUGCUAUUGUUUCAGCAUAUUCAAGGGCUAAGAGCAGAGCCAUACUGCUGGACUAUGAUGGCACCGUCAUGCCUCAAACCUCGAUAAACAAGACUCCGAGUCAAGAGGUUCUCUCCAUUUUAAACACACUUUGUGGGUUUGAUAAGAAUACGGUCUUCAUUGUUAGCGGAAGAGGGAGGGAGAGUUUGGGAACGUGGUUUUCUCCAUGUGAGAAGCUUGGGAUUGCAGCCGAACACGGCUACUUAUUGAGGUGGUCGUGUGGUGAUGAAUGGGAAAUCUGUGGCCAGGGUACUGAUUUUGGGUGGAUGGAGAUAGUUGAGCCAGUAAUCAAAUUGUAUACAGAACCCACUGAUGGUUCUUCCAUUGAAACCAAGGAGUGA